ACAUCUCGCGAGCAGUCCAGCUUAAGAAACGAGAUCUGGGGCUCAGGUGUAAGAGCGCUCUUCAGACCAGCAUCAGGAUGUAGUAGCACGGAGAUCAGGGAGGUUGGAGGACUAGAAGCGCACAAAGUGGUACAAACGCCGCGGUCUCAACAGUAGGAGCUGCAGCAUCAGUUUCAGCACUCGUAGCAGGUGACGCUGUAGUAGGACCACUUUUCUUUACUUUUGGAUUGUUUGGGUUUUCGUGCAAAGUCUGUAAAGAUGAUGUCCAUGAACAGCAAGCAACCCCAUUUUGCCAUGCACCCAACCCUAUCUGAGCCUAAAUACACAUCGUUGCACUCCAGCUCUGAAGCCAUCCGAAGAGCCUGUCUAGCAACUCCACCGUUACAGAGUAACAUCUUCGCAAGCCUAGAUGAAACUCUCCUGGCCCGAGCCGAGGCGCUGGCUGCAGUGGACAUCGCAGUGUCUCAGGGCAAGAGCCAUCCUUUUAAGCCAGACGCCACCUACCAUACCAUGAACAGUGUGCCUUGCACGUCAACUUCCACCGUGCCCUUGGCCCACCACCACCAUCAUCAUCACCAUCAUCACCAGGGCUUGGAACCCGGGGAUCUGCUGGACCACAUCACCUCGCCCUCCCUUGCUUUGAUGACUGGAGGCCAUGAAGGAGCCGGAGGAGGUGGUGGAGGAGGGGGUGGUGGGGGACUGAUCUCCACUUCGGCCCAUCCGCACUCUCACAUGCAUGGAUUGAGUCACCUGUCACACCAAGCUGCCAUGAACAUGACCUCUCCAAUAACUCACCAUGGGCUAGUUGCCGGCCAUCAUGGAUCACUUGCUCAGGCCACGGUGACAGCUGUCGGUGCCGGCCUGCCCUCAAUCAGCGACACGGACACUGACCCAAGGGAGCUAGAGGCCUUCGCUGAGAGAUUUAAACAGAGGCGGAUCAAGCUCGGUGUAACCCAGGCAGACGUAGGCUCGGCCCUAGCCAAUCUCAAAAUUCCGGGAGUGGGGUCUCUUAGCCAGAGCACCAUAUGCAGGUUCGAAUCCCUCACCCUCUCUCACAAUAAUAUGAUUGCCCUCAAACCAAUUUUACAAGCCUGGCUAGAAGAGGCUGAAGGGGCCCAAAGGGAAAAAAUGAACAAACCCGAUCUUUUCAACGGUGGGGAAAAGAAACGUAAAAGAACGUCCAUUGCUGCACCAGAGAAACGCUCUCUUGAAGCUUAUUUUGCGGUGCAGCCCCGUCCCUCUUCCGAAAAGAUAGCAGCAAUCGCAGAAAAAUUGGACUUGAAAAAGAAUGUGGUGAGAGUAUGGUUUUGUAAUCAGAGACAGAAACAAAAACGGAUGAAAUUUUCAGCCACAUACUAAAAGACUACAGAUUGCUUUGAUGAGGGGGGUACUAUUUUGAGGACCAAUGAACAAUAACAAAAUUAGACAUUCAAAAGUCCUCCCUGCUUUGGGGAGGCCUAAAAGGACAAGUAAACAAGUGUUGGCGACGACGAUGAUGAAAAGAAAUCAUCGAUUCUUAAGAGGCUUCAUGAUUUCUGUGUUAUUUUCACGUUAUUUGUGAAUGUGAAGUAUGCAAAUCGCAGGUAAUUCAACGUGCCCCGUUUCGCUGCUGCUGUUGCUUGAACAGUGCAGUAGAAGAUAAACUGAUAGAGCCAAUUUGGCCAAAUCCUCCCCCAGCACUGCUGAGAUUGGGAUAGUCGAUUGGCCACGUCCUGUUAGAAAAAGCAACUUUGCGGGUGGCACUGUUGACGAAGCUCAGUUAUAUUGUCUGAAGGAGAUUAAUUUUCUCCUUUUACUAUAUUUAAUUCAGCCUGUGAGCAGCAAUUCAGAAAAGAAAUUAGGGUUAUACCUCAUUUAUUGUUUUACCUUUCCACCAUCUGUCAGCAAUGUAAUGAUUUAACGCUUAUACUGGAUUGGAAGGAUUUCUGUGUGGCAACUGCAAGUCCCCUGUAGCGGGUAUUCAUUGUCUUUUGAACAAUGUUUUAGAAUAAGAUACCACCUAUUAGAAUGAAGGGCUGAAUUAGAAUUAUUGCAAUGUAUUGGAUUGAUUUACAGUUUAUAUGAGUGCAUUAUACAGCCCUUAAAAGCAAAUCGAACAAAAAUAUAACGACCCCAAUCUAAAGACAAAAAUACAAUGUUGAACUGAUACCUAUUCCAGAGGUAUGCAUGUUAGAAACUGAAUUAUCAUUCAUUGUACGUAUUAAACGUUGAUUGUCAGCACUGUUACAUUUUUGAUAUUUGCACUAAAAGUUUAUUUCCCGAUUUGAUACUUUCUUAUACUUUAAAAUGGUUAUGGUUUCCGUAUAUGUAAAUCAGAGAUCAUCGUAUACUACCAUAAUGAAUUUAUCUUGUACGUCUGAAUACAUUCAUUGGCUUACUGGGGAUAUUAAAUAUUAACGUCCAGGUAAUGCAUGAUUGAAAGAAGGCACAAAACCCAAGAUAAAAGCAAAACGAUCAAGUGGUUUCCCGAGUAUUGUUUGCAACGCAAACAUUCUAUGCAUUUGAUAAUAAUUGAGCACUGAUUAGAAUAGCUUUGUAGAUCUUUGUGGAUAGUGUAAUCUCACUGUUUACUGCCUGUUCUCACUGAAGAAACACAAAUAUCUGGUAUUGUAUAAAAUGGGUGUAAAUAACAUUUUCUUUUGUGCACAACGAUGUUUACAAACACUAACCACGUGUGCAACGUAUACACCUAAAAUGUCUGAUUCAUUAAGUCGUCCUGUAUGUUUUUUGAACUUUAUCUUUUGUUGAGUCAUUAUUGUUUAUUUAUGCUAAUUUAUUUCUGUAAGCCAAAUACAGCAGGGGGAUGUGUCCCAGCACUCCUAAAAUAAAAUAAACUUAAUAACA